AUGGCCGGAGCCGCCAUGGCCGAGACGGGCGGCGGGCCGCCUCCGGCGCCCGGCACGGAGGGGCUGCCGCGCGCCUUCCUGCAGAGCCUGCGCACGCUCUUCGACAUCCUGGACGACCGGCGGCGCGGCCUCGUGCACCUGCGGGAGAUCGAGUCCCGCUGGCGGGGCGCUGACGCGCGCGAGCUGCCCCGCGGCGUGCUGGAGGGCCUGCGCCAGGUGGCCCCGGCCAGCGGCUACUUAACCUUCGAGCGCUUCGUGGCCGGCCUGCGCACCGCGCUGCCCAGCGCCGGCGGCGGCACGCGGGCCCCCGCACGCGCCCCGGCCCGGGGAGGCUGCUUGGCGCCGCCCGCGGGCCAGCCGCCGCCCCAGAGCCUGGUGUUCGCGCCGGCCGACGAGCCGCGGACGGUCCUGGAGAGGAAGCCCCUGCUCCUGGGCGCGCGCCUCCCGCCGGCUGGCCCAGGCGUCGCGAGUCGGAAUGUGGAGAAACCGUGCGGCCCGGUGGAGGCGGCGCCCGGUCCGGCGGAGCCCGAGCGGCCCCAGGGUGCGGCGCUGGAGCGGAGCCCGAGCAAGGACUCUGGAGCAGUGACCUGCAGAGCCCGGGAACUUGGCAUGGGGGAUGCCCCCUGGGGGCCCCGAGCCCGAGGGGAACGGCGGAGACACACCAUCACCAAUGGUGUGGACUGUGACCUGCUGAAGCAGGUGAGGGAGCUGCAGCAGGAGCAGGAGGCGCUGCUCCACGGCCUGGAGAUGAUGGCGCGGGGUCGGGAAUGGUGCCAGCAGCAGCUGCAGCGCCUGCAGGAGCGCCAGCGCCGUCUGGGCCAGAGCAGGGCCACCCCGGACCUCGGGGCUGAGGGCAGCCCCCGCCUGUUGGGGCAGCUGCUGCCCAAGGUGCAGGAGGUGGCCCGGUGCCUGGGGGAGCUGCUGACUGCGGCCUGUGCUGCCAGGGCUCUGCCCUCGUCCUCCUCGGGGCCCCAGGGCCCUGAGUCGCCCUCGGCCCCCGACUGGCAGCAGCAGACCAUCCUCAUGCUGAAGGAGCAGAACCGGCUUCUGACCCAGGAGGUGACCGACAAGAGCGAGCGGAUCACACAGCUGGAGCAGGAGAAGUCCGCCCUCAUCAAGCAGCUGUUUGAGGCCCGUGCUCUCAGCCAGCAGGACGCUGGGCCCCUGGACUCCACCUUCAUGUAG